CUCCAUGGUCAUAAUUAUUUUAUGAUUAUAGUGUUUUGUUCGAUAAAAAUAUAAAUAAAUACAUACUGUGCACAACAUCGAAAGUUACAUGUUCCCUCAAUAUUUCAAAAUAGAAUAGGUGUAAUUCCGCUAAAUUAUCAAAUACCUCAUUAUUAUUAUCUAUGUGGAUAAAAUUGAUAUCACAAUGAGUUACCGAUUAUCAAUAUAACGAUUAUUAUUAAUUCCGUAUCCAAGUCUCAAAAUUACAAAAUUAUUGUUUUAGUAACUUUGUAAAUCAAUAAAAAUGUGAAAAGGUUGAAGUUGUUUGUUUGUGUUGUAGGUAUGAAGCGCGAUCGGCAUUUGUGCGCUCGUCGGCGGUGAUGUCGAUGGUGGGAUACAUGGUGGGGCUGGGCGACCGCCACGGAGAGAACAUCCUCCUCGACUCCAUCACCGGUGGCGGAGGGGUCACUCAUGUCGAUUUCAGCUGCCUCUUCAACAAGGGUGACCGGAUGGAGAUCCCGGAAGUGGUGCCAUUCCGACUGACGCACAACAUGGUGUGGGCGAUGGGCCCAACCGGCUACGAGGGCAUGUUCGUCGAGGCCUGCGAGAUCACAGUGCGUCUCAUGCGCGUGCACAUCGAACAGCUGCUCUCGGUCGUGCGACCCUUCAUCUACGACCCACUGCUCGAGUGGAACCGCAACUGCAAACGAGACGAGUACACCGAGAUGACCAACCAAUGUGGUCGAGAAAAUACACUGAACAUCCAGCAUCGACUGCUCGGCCAUGUGAGGAACAAUGACAAAGUAUUCACCGAGCGUGUUCUAUCGGUCGAGGGCCAAACUCAGAUGCUGAUUGCCGAGGCAACCAGCAUUGACAAUCUCUGUCAAAUGUUCAUUGGCUGGGGGGCUUACCUGUGAACAUCAUUUUAAAUUAUGCCACAAAAAUAAGUUACCCUUCCUAAUGGCUGAAUUACUAUACUCUGAAUAAAUUAGUACGAAUAAUACUAGUUAUAGUUUAAAAUUGUAACCAUAAAUGACAAAGUUCCAAAUAGGGUUAGGUCUUUACUUUCUACUAAGGACGUUAAUUUCUAGUUACCAGAAUAGUUGAGAAAAAUAAUUAGAAUCUAGUGAUAUUGGAGUAUUUUUAAGAAUCUCAAAGUUAUCAUUAUUCACGAUCUAGUGACUGGAAAAUGGAUUUUAGUUUCGUAUAAUAAGCAAUAAAGUGAGUAAACUUGUAUGGCUUUUUGUUCGUGGGGACUCCCUUGCAAGAAGGUCCCGACUCGCCUAAAUAUAAGCCAUUAAUGGUUAACGAUUGUUAUACUCUAGCCGGGACUAACAGUUCAACGUUCUGAUUCCAUUACCCUGGAGAUGGGAGUGAUAUGGCUAGCUAAAAACUUUUGUUCAAGCAGUAAAUUUAUAAGUAGUCAAAUUAUUGUUUAAGAAAAUGUGCCUUAUUUUUAGACCAGCCACUAACUGACUGUCGAAAACCGGAACAAUGGCUUCCGACUUGGGUGUGCUCUUGCAGGUCAGCUGUUACCGAACACUGUUCGCUUGUCUGACGAAAAUGUUCUGCGAAACGUAACGUUAUUGGCUGGCCUCAGGUUGGAUUCCCACAAACCAGUGACAGUGAAAGUAACCAGCACAGUAAAAAUAUAAUUACUAUGAGUUCUGAUCUUCUGAUUUGACUCAGUACGGCCUAGCGAGUAUGAAUAAUACCAUUUAACCGUAUAGAAAUAAUAUUUUACUGUGUCAGUCACUUUCAAUGGUAUGUGGGAAUCCAGUUUAAUAGGUAAGGGUGUUGAUACCACAAGCCGCUUUUAGUUAUAAAUAACUUUAGCUCAAUGAGACCCAUAAGCACUAUCUUUGAUAACGUUAGAAGAUAAAGUUUCAUUUUUUAUAAUGGGUUACAUUCCGGUUCUCGUUUGAACUGAGAUUGUAUAUAAGGCCUCACGUAUUUAAGAAUAUUGAAAAUUGUCUGUGAUAAAAUUAAUAUAACCUUCAUUCUACACCGUGUCCACGAACAGGUUUACACGUUAUCAUAUUAUCACGUUCCCAUUCAUGUACCGAACUUUUUCAAGUUUUACACAGUUUACAAAGUAUGUUCUAAAAAUAUUCUGGGAAAAUUUCAGCUCCCUAACCUUUGUAGAAACAAAAUGGCGGCAUAUUUAAAAUUUUUCUAAUCCUCUUCCUAUAAAAACUACUUUAUAUGGGGUUACUUGAAGGAAAAAGUUUAUACCCAUAGUUUCAAUAAUGAUAAGGAACUAAAACUAUCAAUAGAAGAGGUACUUCUCCGGAUAGGCCUACCGCGGAGUUUUUGUAAGAGCUUACAAAUCAUAUCUUAAGUGCUUUUAUCAGUGACUUGUUGUGGUUGGAUUUGAAUUUGAAUAAUUUUGGAUUUCAAGGUUUUUUAUUAGGCUAUGCUCUAGUUUUUUCAUUUAAAAGUCAUAUUGCCCUAAAGUGUAACAAUAAAAAUAUUUUAUAAAACCAAAAAAACCUUUUUAAUGUUCUUAAAAUACCGUUUUUCAAUAUGCCGCCGUUAUUCGAAAUAUUUCGUUUCUACGAAGGUUUGGGAAAUGAAAUUUUCCCAGAAUAUUUUUAGAACCUACUUUGUAAACUGUGUAAAAUUUGAAAAAGUUCGGUGCAUGAAUAGGACGUAAUAUAAAAUCCAACGUGUAACCAAACCUCUUCGUGAGGCACGGUGUACAUGUUUGUGCAGUGGUGGAAGUGAUAAUAAUGUGGUAGUUCCAUGUUAAGUAAAAAGACUCUCACUUGUCACAAUCGAAAAUCUAUUGAAAUAUCUUCUUACUGCUUUCGGUUGUAAUUCGCGUUAAUUAAGUUGAGAUUGACUAUGUGGUAACAACCAAAAAUUUGAGAUAUUUUCUAGAUAUUUAAACAAAUUUCUGGUUGUCUUGAUAAACCUCCAGUCUUUUUAUUCAACAUGCUAUAUCCUUGUAUCCUUAUAAGACUGAUUUAAAAAUUGUGUAUGUUGCAUUUUUUUUUAAUUAUUGAGUUACCAAUGUAUGUGGAUAGCAAUGAGUAGGCCUAGUCAUAGAUAUUUUAUAUGAAAAUUUAAAUUUAGGCGAUUUAGCAACUAGCUAAAGGGAAAAUCUGUUUCACUUGAACUUGAUAUGAAGUAAAAUUUUAAUUUGAUACGUGCCUUAUUUAUCAUAUGGGUCCUAAUAUUAACAGUAGGCCUAUAUGCCUUGACAUUAACAAAAGGCAUUUGUUUGAUUCUAAAAAUAACAAAAAAUAAAUGUAGAUAAUUUUCUGUGAUUAUACGUUCAUAUCCUUUUAUUAUUAUAUUAAUUGUUUAUAGUUUUAUAAAUAAUGUGUUUAAUAAAUAAUUUAGUUGUGAUUAAUUUUGUGUAAUUAAUGAGUUAUUGUUAUAAAAUAUGCACUUCUAUAUUUAACUCAAGUCUUAGAGCCGGUUUCUAUCUCGGGAUUUAGUUAAGUCAUAGCCACCUGUAUUAGAGGUGGCUAUAUGGUUAAGUUCUAGAAUUUAAACAGCUGAGGUCAGAAAAUU